UGGAUUUUCUCCUAUUUGGUCAUAUUCAAAACUAUAAAAAUGAGAAGCAACAAGUAAAAAAUUAAAGUAUUACACAAUCAAUAAUGGAGUUUUGUAUCUGCAAUUGCAUUCUCACUUUCUGUCUUCCCUUCUUCUACUUCUUCAUUUGGAAGCUUACAUUGAAGCCGAUAACUAUGUCCAAACUACCUCCGGGACCAAAGCCUCUGCCGCUCAUCGGAAAUCUCUUGGAUCUCGGCAACAAGCCUCACAAGUCGCUCGCCGCCAUGGCUAAGGUACAUGGUCCAAUUAUGAGUCUGAAACUCGGACGAGUUACAAUCGUCGUGGUUUCUUCUUCCGCCAUGGCUAAAGAGGUCCUACAAACCAACGAUCAGUUUUUGUGUAACAGAGCCAUUCCAGAUGCGCUGAAAGCUCACGGCCAUGAUGAAACCGGAUUUGCAUGGAUUUCUGUUUCUCCUCUCUGGAGGAAGUUUCGCAAAAUUUGCAACAAUUUGUUGUUCGCCGGAAAAAUUCUGGAUGCGAACGAGAAUCUUCGUCGGAAGAAAGUGGAGGAGCUUGUGGAGAUUGUUCGGGAAAGCGCGUUGAAAGGCGAGGCAGUGGAUGUAGGGAGGUUAGUGUUUGCGACUACGUUGAAUCUACUCUCCAACACAGUUUUCUCUGUUGAUUUAGCAGAUCCGAAUUCUGAAUUAGCAAGAGAUUUCAAGAAGUAUGUGUCGGGAAUGAUGGAAGCAGCUGGAAAACCAAAUUUGAGCGAUUAUUUUCCUGUGUUUAAGAAGCUUGAUGUUCAAGGAUUGAGGAAGAGCAUGGAGAUUCAUAUGGGAAAUGUCUUGAAUUUUUUAGACUCAAUGAUUAAACAGAGGAUGAAACAACAAGAAUUGAAUCCUGAUUCUGUUCCAAACAACGAUAUGUUGCAUUAUCUUCUCAAUUACGAAGAGAUUCAAGCCGAAAUCAAUCAGAAUCAAAUGCAACAUUUACUACUCGUUCUGUUCUCAGCCGGCUCAGAUACAACUGCAUCGACAGUGCAAUGGGCAAUGGCGGAGCUACUGAGGAAUCCAGAGAAAUUAAAGAAAGCUCAAAAGGAAAUCAGGAAAGUUUUAGGGAAGAACAAAGCAAUGGAGGAAUCGGACAUUCCGAGGCUGCCAUAUCUGCAAGCGGUGGUGAAGGAAACUUUCCGAUUACAUCCAGCGGCUCCGUUGUUGCUACCGCGUAAGGCGCAACAAGAAGUGGAAAUUGGAGGCUUCACAAUCCCUAAAGACGCUCAAAUUAUGAUAAAUGCAUGGGCGAUCGGAAGAGAUCCGAGGAGGUGGGAGAAUCCGGAAUCGUUCGAACCGGAGAGGCUUUUGGGAUCGGAAAUAGACGUAAGAGGGCGGAGCUUUGAGCUUAUUCCGUUCGGCGGAGGGAGGAGGAUUUGCCCGGGACUGCCAUUGGCGAUGAGAAUGUUGUAUUUGAUGUUGGGUUCUUUAAUUAGUUUCUUCGAUUGGAAGGUUGAAGAUGGAGUUGAAGUGAACAUGGACGAUAAAUUUGGCAUCACCGUGGAGAUGGCCCAUCCACUCCGAGCCAUCCCUUCACUACCGAUUUAGAAUAAUUUCGUAGGAGCGAACUUAUGAAAACUAACUUUGUACUACGUGUGUUCUAUCACGUUUUAUAAGGUAUAACGUGUUAGGGAUGAUGUUUGUCGGAACCAACGCGAGGCUCAUCUCUAUCUAUAUUUUUCUCAUGCAGUAAAACUAAUAAUAAAGUGUGACAAGUGAAAGUUGUCGCUA